UUCUGAAACUAUUUCGGCGGGCAGGUUCAAAUUACGAGGCUGCUUCAAUUCAUUUCAUUCAAUAUCACUCUUCCAAUGGGCUUGCAAUCCCCACUCAUUGUACGGCUUCCAUUGAAGCCUGGUGAGUGAGCUUCUUUUCGAGCUCCUCUCCAUGUUCUAUCUUGUAGGUGAUUAUUGAUUUGAGGUUGCCGAAGGAGAGGGAAUGGGCCAGGGCCUGAGCUGCGGACGCCGCCAUGAAAAUGGACUCUUCUUCAGUGCUCUGCAGAAUGAGGAUGUGGAAAGUGUUCGAGCCAUGGUGGAGACUGAUUCGUCUAUCUUACACCACACUACCGACCAUCAAAGAUCAACGGUCCUACAUGUGGCGGCAGCCAAUGGACAGAUCGAUAUUCUUUCGAUGCUCUUGGGCCGGAAUGCGAAUCCCGAUAUUCUGAAUCGGCAUAAUCAGACUCCUCUGAUGCUGGCUGCUAUGAGCGGGAGGGUAGAUUGUGUUCUAAAGCUGAUCGAAGCAGGAGCUAAUAUAUUGAUGUUUGAUUCUAAACAUCGAAGAACCUGCUUGCAUUACGCAGCUUAUUACGGACAUUCAGAUUGUCUGCAAGCGAUUCUUUCUGCUGCCCAUACCACCCCGGUAUCGGACUCUUGGGGGUUUGCAAGAUUUGUGAACAUUAGAGAUGGGGAUGGCUCAACUCCAUUGCAUCUAGCGUCCAGGCAGAACCAACCUCAGUGUGUUCGUAUACUUCUUAUCAAUGGUGCUCUUGUUUGUGUGUCCACUUGCAGUUGUCCAGGUAGUUCGCCACUUCAUUUAGCUGCCCGUGGUGGUUCCUUGGAUUGUGUUCGAGAAUUGCUUGCUUGGGGAGCUGACAGAUUUCAGUUCGACUCAUAUGGGAGGAUACCAUUUAAGGUUGCUUUAAAGCAUAAGCAUCAAGCUUGUGCAGCUUUAUUGAACCCUUCAUCACCAGAACCUCUAGUAUGGCCUUCACCUUUGAAGCUAAUCAUUGAGCUAGAUCCAGAUGCAAAAGUUUUGCUAGAAAAGGCUUUGAUGGAUGCAAACAUGAAGAGAGAGAAGGCCAUAUUGAUGGAAAAAUUCAUCACACCUCCUUGUCCUUUGAAAUCUGAUGCUCACAUUGAUGCGUAUGAUGACAAUGACUUAGCAUCUGAGGAUAUCGAUACAGAGUUGUGCUGCAUAUGCUUUGAACAGAUGUGCAAUAUUGAAGCCCAACCAUGUGGCCAUAGAAUGUGCGCCCAUUGCACAUUAACUUUAUGCUGCCACAAAAAGCCUAAUCCAACGACAGCUUGUCCAACAGCCCCUGUUUGCCCAUUUUGCAGAAGCAGCAUUGCCCAACUUCUUGCUGCUGAGGUGAAGAGUAAUGACUUUGUAGACCAAGAAAUUUCCCCCUUGAAACUGAAGGGCUUGAGAACGUCAAAUUUCAAUGAAGAAAACAGCAGCUUGAAGAGCUUAUCUGCCAUGUUUGGGAAGUUGAGUGAACAAAAUCCAGGGAAAUGUGUGUAGUCUUAAAAAUGGCCUUAAGAGAUAGAUGACCGAUGGAUAUGGCAACCUCAGAUUCAUCUCGUUCUAUGGUUUUUACUUCACCUAUAGAGCAUCAUCAUUUGGAUGUACUGAUGGGGCUCCCAUUCUAAAGUAUGCAAGGGUCGUGUGCUUCGAUGUGGGCAAACGUACGAGAAGGUUCUUUUACCCUGAGUAUUUUUUCAUUAUCAGCUAUUUACAACAGUUUCUAAAGCCACUAAAACUAGCAAAUAUAGCACAUCUAU